UGAUCGAAUCUAGAUGGAACAACUGACCAUUCUUAGCUCGCAACUAGCGAAUGUAGAGAAAAUUCCUUGAGCCUAGCAGCUGUAGAUAGCCUUGUUGGGUGUUUUCCCGAGGCAGCUUUUCUAGAAUUUGCAUGGUGUUAUUUUUAACUUUAGGGCUAGGUGAUGACGGGCAUCAUCGCAAAGUCCCAUGUCCUGCCUCCAUCCAGACGAUCUCUUCAUCCAUCCUCUCCUGGCCAUCAAUCUGUACAAUUCAUGAGCAAAUUUGGGCUCGUGGUAUUAUUUGCAGGCUAUCUGGGUUACAUUGUACCGCAACAGCGAGGCAUGUUUUCUGUUUAACAUUGAGGGCCGCGCUCUAAACGUCUUCAUCUUAACUUAUACUAUUACUAUUAUUAUUUUAUCAAUUGCCAAGAUGGCGCCUCCCACCGCGCCUCUGCAUUUGGAUGUCGAGGCGAUAUCAGGUAUAUGCGGAUCCAUCUCCCUGGUCGCUUGGGUUAUAGUUUUCUCCCCACAGAUCAUAGAGAAUUUUAGACGGAGCUCCGCCGACGGUCUUUCGGUUCAAUUCAUCAUUGCCUGGCUACUGGGCGACGUAUUUAAUGUGCUCGGCGCCCUUUUCCAGGGUGUUUUGCCGACAAUGCUUAUUCUCGCCAUAUACUAUACUAUUGCCGACGUCGUUCUCCUAGGGCAAUGCUUCUACUACAAGGGGUUUACGUGGAGGGACGACGCCGCGCCGCCGCCGAAACCCUCUAAUAACGGUCAUGCGAACGGCGGUACACCAACGGAGAGGUCUGCGCUUCUGACCGAUCACUUCGCCGAACGCGAAAGAAGAGGCAGUGGGUGGUCGCAUCUUUCCCCAGCGGUACCGAUGAUGCCUGAACAACUUGCUACCCCUUUACCGACCCCCACGAGGUGGCAGUCUUUCCUGUGGAACUCUGUAGCUAUCCUAAUGGUCUGUGCAGCCGGCGUGGCCGGCUGGUUUCUAAGCAGAGGAUACACGAGUGGCAAACCCGCCAUACCUGCGGAUGACUACCCUGUGCUCGAUCUCUGGGGACAGAUAUUUGGAUGGCUGUGUGCUGUGCUAUACCUGGGGUCUCGACUGCCCCAGCUCCUCCUAAACUUCCGUCGCAAGUCCACUGAGGGCAUCAGCGUCCUCUUCUUUCUUUUCGCCUGCCUCGGCAACCUCACCUAUGUCCUAAGCAUCUUCGCCUACGAGCCCGUGUGCCGCAAGGCAGAAUGCGAACCUGCCGAAGCACGUCAGAUAUAUGCCAAGUAUCUGCUCGUCAAUGCGUCUUGGUUGGCUGGAAGCCUUGGCACUUUGCUCCUUGACUUGAGCAUUUUUGCGCAGUUCUUUAUUUACGACCAAGAUGAAUCGGAGAGGAAUAGGAACGAGGCUGUAGAUGACGGGGAGAACGAGAAUGAUAGUCUGUGGGACCACCGCCCCUUGCUGGAACGCGCUGGGUCUGGGCCAUGCUGAGAAUUUUUCGCUCUGUACAAACUGUUCGCAUUGUUGGUCACGGAAAAUUGGGUAGGUUGGGGGUUAGGUACUAUAAAAGUUUAGGUUUUUUUUAGGUGCAUGUUCGGUCGUAAAGAUAUCAGAGUACGCGUUGACUCUG